AUGUCUGGUGCAAAACCAUCCCAGCAGGAGUUUUCAGACUCUGAUCCAGAGGACACAUCAGAGGAGCUGACAGCCGUGGUGUGUCUGGAGUCAGACCUGCAGGAUGGACAGAUGAUGGAGGUUGAAGUGGGACAUCACAGUGUGUUGUUGACACGCACCGACGGCAUAUACAGUGCCCUUGGUAACCAGUGUACACACUACGGCGCACCACUCAGCAAAGGGUUUAUUUCAGGCAACAGAGUGCGCUGCCCGUGGCAUGGUUCCUGUUUCAAUGUCCUCACAGGAGAUCUGGAGGAGUACCCCGGCAUCGACUGUUUACCCUGCCACAAGGUCAAAAUUCAAAACAGCAAAGUCUACGUGUCUGUAAACAAGAAGACUCUCAGGCAGGAAAAGAGAAUAAAGGGUAUGGGAGUUGCAGUACCAGGAGUCACUCACACUAUUCUGCUGCUGGGAGGAGGGGCUGCGUCGUUGAUCUGCGCCGAGACGCUCCGGCAGGAAAACUUCAGCGGCAGAAUCAUCAUGGCCUCCAGAGACGAGCUUUUACCUUACGACAAAACCCGACUCAGCAAGGUGAUGAAUGUGGAGAGUGACAGUAUUGUGCUGAGGAGGAUGGAGUUUUUCCAUCAGUCGGACAUUGAGGUGUGGCUCAGGAAAGAGGCGCUGUCAGUGGACACAGACAAGAAAACAGUCACAUUCGAUGAUGGUUCAAUCCAGAGCUACGACCAGCUCCUCAUCUCCACAGGCUGCAGAGCAAAGGGUCUGGAUGUGCCCGGCAUGAAGCUGGACAAUGUGAGGAUGUUGGAGACACCAGAGGACGCGCGGCAAAUCCAUGCGGCCUGUCUGGGCUGCAAGGUCGUCCUCGUGGGAACCUCGUUUGUCGGAAUGGAAGUUGCAUCUUAUUUGAUAGACAAAGCCUCCAGCAUCACAGUGAUUGGCAGCAGUGAGCUGCCGUACCAGAACACACUGGGUCCUGAAAUUGGCAGACUCACCAUGACGAUACUGUCGGAGAAAAAUGUGCGAUUCUACAUGAAUGAUAAUGUGACAGAGGUCAAAGGUGUGGAUGGCAAGGUGAAGGAGGUCGUGCUUAAAAGUGGAAAAGUUAUCCCAGCUGAUGUUUUGAUUGUCGGUAUCGGCAUCAUCCCUAACUCAGAGUUCCUGCGGGGCAGUAAGAUACAGAUGGAUGCAAAAAACUUUGUAGUAGCCGACAAGUACAUGCAAACCAGCGUCCCUGAUGUCUUCUGUGGUGGUGACCUGGCCACCUUCCCCUUGGCGAUGGCCAAUAACCGGCUGGUCAACAUCGGACACUGGCAGAUGGCACAGGCACAUGGGAGGAUAGCAGCUCUGAACAUGCUGAAUAAACAGACUGAACUCAAAUCAGUUCCUUUCUAUUGGACCGUCCUACUGGGUAAAACCAUCCGAUAUGCAGGCUACGGGGAGGGAUACACUGAGAUUGUGAUGAAAGGAAAGUUUGAGGACAUGAAGUUCCUGGCAUUGUACAUCAAGAAUGAUGAAGUCAUCGCAGCAGCGAGCCUGAACUACGACCCAGCAGCGUCUGCAGUAGCUGAGAGGUUCGCAGCAAGAAAAGUCAUCACGAAGAAAGAGGCUCAGUCAGAUGAUCUGAGCUGGCUGCAGUUGUCCUGAUCUACACUUUUCCUCUCCACUCACCCGCUCAACACAUCGUCUGUACAGUGUCGACGUGACUCCGCAAUGUCCUUCAUCUGUCUCUUCAUCAACACCACUCUCACCAAGGACAAACAGUUUGGAGACUUUGAUGAAAAUGAUUGAUUCAGGAGAGACUUCAGUGAUGCCAUCAAAAAGCAGCAGCCACAGUGAAGUUUAUAUUUAGAGUUGGGUGUUUUGAUGCAGGUUGAGUGGAAGUAUUUGAUUAAAAUUGUACGUCAUGCGGGGUGGGGUGGGGGGGGGACUCCACCAUGCAAACAACAGAUACCUCAGAUGGAUGCAGCUUUUGGGACUUCUUUUUUUUUUAUUUAUUUUUUUUUAUAUAUUUUGUAUUAUUUCAUUCGAUUAUUUUAAUUUCUUGGUAUUUCAGUAACACUCCAGAGACAUCACAUUUAAGAUGCCUCAGUAUGUUCUCUGCUGUUAAUAUUAUAAAGGCGGUUUGUUAGCGGCCUUUUACUUAGAUGGGGCUGCUGGAAAAACACAAGUGACCUUAAUGCCCACUGCAGCCAUGUACGUGGUGCGGUCAGUGAGUCGGAGGGGGGAUUAGGAGAACAGAGGGGGAGUGUUCAUCUCUUUGAAGCAGAGAUGCUGAAACAGGCAACGGUAACAAAACACACCAACGGGGAACAAUAAGCCUUCGGCAAACAGCGCACAAAGGCAGUGUGACAAAACCUGCACAAAAGAAAUGCUGUGUUUUUCUCUCUUUCCCCCUCUGUCUCUCUGCUGGUUUGUCACUGUCUUUACUUCACACCUCAACAUUUACUUUUAGCUUCACUGUCAGCAGCAUGCCUCAUGUUCACUAUGUCCACGGCUCAACUAGUGCAGACUUUUCAAAGCCAGUGCAGGAUAUAAUACUCAAGGUGGCUAAAAGAGCACAUUAAAUACCUGGCAUCAAUGGUUUUUUCACACACUGAUGCAAAAAUGGUUAAUUGUUUGAUAAGACCACAGAUCAUUAAGGAUGGAUUUUAGGCACAUUUCACUGCACAUCUUGUUUUCCACUCUUGCCAAUUUUAAAUUUAUUUUCAUCCUCCUGCUCAUUUUACUGGCAGAAUGCAACCCUGCCCUGAUAAUCCUGCAACCUCACAUCUCUGAGGAUUGCAUUUACAGCAUUAUAAUGUCAAGCAAUGGCUUAUUUUCAGUUAUCUACAGUGAAACAGCUUUAAGCCUUACUUUGCACCCAAACACAUUGUUACAGUGAGUAACUGAGCAUAUUAUGAAUUCCUCAGGGAAUAAAAUAUAGAUUUUGUUCUCCUGAGGAUCGUAAGUGAAAGAUGAACUCCAGCUCUCGUAAGCAUAAGAACAAUCCUGAACAUCAGUCCUCUUGUUCAUCAGCUUUGUUAAGCGAAGUGAACCCUGAUGCCAAGGGAGAUAUAAUAGGGAUGUACUUGUCAUUUAAACUUUUUGUCCUGUGUUUCACUUUGUUCAUGCAUAAAACAAACAUCUCAGUCACAACAGUAUCGUCUGGUUUGCCUUCAUUGUGUUGGAGCCUCUGAUUCAUCAGGGAAUACAUGACUUUUCUGCCACCUAUUGUUCAGCAGUGGUGGUGUCUUUGCUUUCGGCAUGGACGGGAACAACACAUAAUGUGUCUGUCUUUGUAAAAUACUUUUCUAUGUUACUUGAUGUCACUUGCAGGAGGCAAACAACAUCAACUUCAUCACAGCAAUGAAAUUUAAACUUGACACUGAAAAUAUUAUUAACAUAUCACUGCUAGCUACCGUUCAAUGAGGAGGUCAGACUGGAUAUUGGAUUUUAAUUUCCUUCUCCUUUGCCUUUUAUACUUAAUAAUAAAUGACAGCAAGAAUGAGAGAAAAGCAUAUUCCUGCACAUUAGAUCACUGCUCCACCAGGUCAGCCAAUAUACAACAGUUUGCUUUUGCUU